AUGCGGCUUUCUAUAUCCUGUGAUGCUUGUCGAGAAGCCAAGGUCAAGUGUAUACAUGAAGGUCAUCCGCCUUGCCGUCGGUGUCAACGGCGGAAUCGACAGGCUUGCGUGCUCACUGAUCCACGAGCGUCGCCUUUAAGGCCACGCAGAGACUCGGAGCGAGUUCAGCACAAGGCAAGAUCUGCUCCUAGAGCUGCAGUGGCCAAUUCCACUGUCAAUCGCGCCGCCCCAACCAAUGAUCUCCAACCUACUACGCCUUCUAAUCCGAUUGCAUCGUUAUCUGCGUCCACCAUCAUCUGUGCCUGUGAUACCUACCGUAAGAAAUUCCCUGUAGCCAACUUUCUCCAUUAUCCAUCACUUAUUGCCGAAAUAUCGGCCAAUCCUUCGUCCGUGGACCCGGUGUUUGUGGCUUCACUGUUUUCCUUAUGUGCCCGCUUUCUUCCAGAGCAUCACCUGGAGGCUGGCGAAACAUAUGCCGAGUAUGCACGCGCCGAGCUGGCUCGUAAGGCAUUCGAGGCUCCUUCACUUUACCUGGCACAGUCUUCAGCAAUGAUGGUGUUCUAUGAGUGGGGCUCAGGGCAUCCCUAUAAAGCAUGGAUGUAUAGUGGAAUGGCAACUUAUAUGGUCCAGUCGCUGUUACGAACAGCGGACGAUAGCAUGGAGCAAAAUCCAGAUGAAUUCCAAGCCUCCCAGAUCCAGUACGAGCAGCUUGUCCGCACUUAUUGGGUCUGCUUUGCUCAAGACUGUGAGCUAAGCUCAGGAGCUCGCCAGCAUUUUUCUCCCUCCUUUCGCCAGAUCUCUGUGCCCUUGCCAAUCAGCGAUCAUGAUUUCAAUUUUGGUCGUCGAGGGUCACCAAGAUUGAUGCCGGCGAAUCUUAGUCGAGAUUCCCCGCUGUGCAUGAAGAUGACUAUUGAUCAUGGCUUGAUCGUCGUGACCCGCGGGUUUGAUAUCUCUGUACGCAUCUUGCGAUUUGCCAACGAAAGUCGUCGUGGUCGGACAUCGUCAACGACUACGGAUUCAUUAUCGAUCCAGCAGCGGAACUGGCAAAUCCUGAAAGAGGAGCUGGAUGAAUGGAGGGCCCUGCAAGACUUCACUCUUCAAUAUCCCGCUACUAGCGUCCAGGCGCAUGUUGCUCUCGGAUACGGUGAGCUCUUUGCUUACAUCAAUCUGAUCUAUUUUAUGAGCAUUCUAUUCCUCUAUCGCGACCAGCUUUUGUCUAGCUUAAAGCAGGUCCAUGAGUCCCGUCAGGAUCGUGCCAUUGAACACCUUUUUGAAGCUGCACAAAGUAUUGGAGGUGUCUUAUCAGCCCUGGAGGCCUCCGGGGCCCCCAUCAUCACUCCAUAUUCCGGAUUCAGUGCCUUUGUUGCUGCACAUGUAAAUAUGUAUGGCACGGUGUCACCGUUACGAUAUCCAGGUGGGCAAGAGCGGGCAGAGGCAGAGAAGAAGUCUAAUUUCUCGUACCUUGAACGGCUGUGCAAAUUCUGGCCAGUCGGUCAUAGCUGGUGGCGAACCGUACAAGAAGCAAACAAAUUCUACCAAAGUGCGAAGAAUAACCAAGAGCACGUCCUUGCAGGUGACCGUCACGGCCAUAUCACCCUAGCAGGCACUCUCGAUGAGUACGGCGAUAUUCGAUCGUCUCGUCCUCUUCAGGGGCCGUCCUCGAAUACCCGCCGGCGAGCAACAGGAACGGAGGCAAAUAUACCUCCACAAGGGGGACAGAUGGACUCUCCUGCUCAGACCCAUCUUCCGUUUAGUGACCAGUUUACCUUGGACUCUCACGAACUGGAGAUGCUGCAGUGGCCCUUUAUUGACGAAACAUGGUCAUCUGGUUUUGAUACAGGGCUUGACUCUGCAUGGCCCAAUUUUGGCUGA